AUGUCCUCCUCCGUCACCCAAAUCACCAACCGCCAAAGCCACGACGCGGUAGUCGACGCCUCCGCCACCACGCCAACAAUCAUCUACGUCUCCAACAGCGCGCUCCCCAUCUGCCAAACCUUCACGCCGCAAUACGAGGCGCUGGCCGCGAAGCACGGCGGCGCGGCCAAGUUCACGCAGAUGGAGAUUACGAGCGACACGAGCGACAUGUUCAAGUUUGGGCCGAAUCAGUUGCCGGUGCUGGUGCUGUUGAGCCGGGGCCCGUGGAGUCGGACGCUGAUGAGUCCGAGUGUGGAGGUGUUGGAGAAGGGGGUGGAGGAGAUGUUGGCGAGGGAGGGGAAGUGA